AUGAAACUUAAUGAUUCCAAAAAUCCUGAAUUUGAAGAUACUAGAAAUAUACCUUUGGCAAUGACUCAAGAACAAUUAGAUAAUAUGGAACAUAAAAUAUUAUAUAGACAAAUAAAAUCUUUAAAAGUUGGAGAAUUAGAAAGGUUUAAAAUACAUUUUAAACCUCAUGCUGAAGGUGAUGUUAUUGUUUUGCCACCUACAUUAUGGGUUAAAGUUAAAAAUUUGGAACCAGUUUCAAAAAGAGCAAUUUAUUUGGGUAUGUAUCAAUAUAAAAACUAUUAUUAUAUUUUUUACGAAAAUUCUCAUACUAACCUCAUUUUAGCUGGUCCUUAUAUUUUAUAUGUUGAUUGUCGACUGUCAGACUAUGAUCCAAAUGUAAAAUAUUUUGUUACUGCUGAUCAACCAGUAUUUGAACCACAAUUAUUACCAGGUCAAUCAUUUUAUGUUCAAUUAUCAUGUCAUACUCUUAAAAAGGAUUAUUGUUGGAUAGUAGAUGUUAUUUCACAAAUCAUUUUUAAUAAUAAAAUAAUGAUUGAUUUUGAAAUUACAGUAGGUACUUCAAAACAAGUAUUACAUGAUGCUGCACAACCAGAUAAUAAAAUUUUAAAUUCUGAUAAAUAUGGAACUUUCCAUCCAUUGUUAAAUGUUGGUAAUUGGGAUACUGAAGAUUUAUGGAAUUUACCUGUAUUGCAACAAAAUAAACCAAAACAUUUGGUAAUACUAUGUCAUGGAUUACAUUCAAAUUCAAGUGCUGAUAUGUUAUAUUUAAAAGAACAAAUAGAUAAAUCAGCUAAACAUUUUAACGAAAAUGAAAAUGAACAAGUGGUUGUAAAAUCAUUCUUUGGAAAUGUGGGGAAAACUGAGAGAGGUAUAAAAUAUUUGGGAAGUAGAGUGGCUGAAUAUAUUGUUAAGUUGGUUACUGAAAAUGAUUCAUCAAAUAACAGUCAAUUUACUAAAAUUUCUUUUAUUGGUCAUUCAUUGGGUGGUUGUGUACAAACUUUUGCUAUAGCUUAUUUAACGGUUAAUUUUCCAUGGUUUUUUGAAAAAAUAAAACCAAUUAAUUUUAUAACGAUAUCUUCACCAUUACUUGGAGUAGUAAAUGAAAAUCCAUUAUAUGUGAAGUUAGUACUUAGUGCAGGAUUUGUUGGUAAAACUGGUCAAGAAUUGGGAUUGAAAUAUUUAGAAAACAAUUCAAAACCUUUACUAUUACUACUUCCUACAGGCUCAACUCAUAAGAUUUUGAAAAGAUUCAUACGAAGAACAGUUUAUGCAAAUGCUAUAAAUGAUGGGAUAGUUCCAUUAAGAACGUCUUCGUUAUUGUAUCUCGAUUACAAAGGUUUGGCACCACUUUUAAAAGCUGAUAAUAACUUAGAAAAUAGUGAUAAAACAGGAAAAGUUCCAAAAUCAGUUGAAAAAGAAAAUACAUUUUCACCAAUUCAAACUUUCUUAUCAUAUUUCAUGCCUCAAAAGCAAAAGGGAGAUGGUGAACAAUAUAAAAAUUUUCAAACUACUCUGAAUAAACCUGAAGAAGAUGAUGAAGAAAAUGAAGGAGGAGAUGAAAAAAGAGAAAUUGAUGGUAUUCCACAUUCAACAUUUAUAAGUAGUGCAGCUUCAUUAAUUUUACCACCAUUACCAUCAAUAAAAUAUAUAACUGAUCCAACUUCAAGAGAAAAUGUUAUAAUACAUGAUAAAUUAUAUUAUGAAAAAGAUUUACCAAAACGAAAUCCCACCGAUUUAAAUGGUAAUGAAAAUAUAUCAUUAAAAAAAAGAUUAUUAGGAAGUAUAGAUUAUGAUGAUUUAGAAUAUGUUGAAGAAGAAAUAGCUCGUGAAUAUCAUAAAAAUAUGGGAUGGAGAAAAGUUAUAGUAAAAUUAAAACCUGAUGCUCAUAAUAAUAUAAUUGUAAGAAGAAGAUUUGCAAAUGCUUAUGGAUGGCCAGUUAUUCAACAUUUAGUAGAAAAUCAUUUUUCACUGAAUCUUUUAACUAAAGAUCUUACCACCACCACCGUCAAAGAUCAACAACCUCAAAUGAAUUCAAUAUCAAGUAAUGAUUCAUUAGAUGAAGAAAUAGAUUUAACUAAAUUAAUAUCAAGAGAUAUAAUUAUUCAAAAAAAUAAUGAAAUAGAUAAAUCAAAUACCGAAGAAGAAGAAAAUUCAAUUAAUACUCAAUGGAUAAAUUCAAAAGAUAAUGCAGAAUCUUUAUUUGCUUUAGGAGUAACUGGAUUAUUAGGUGAAGUAACAGGAAUGUUUGGAGAUUUUAGAGAUCAAUUAUAUAAUUAUAGUAUAAAUCCUCCAAGUUUACCCCUUAUUGGACAAAUCCCAAUACCUUCAUCAUUAACUUCUCCUGAUAAUAAUAAUAAUAAUAAUAAUAAUUUAAAAAAAUUAUCUAAUGCUGAUGAAUUUGGUGAAGGUAUUAAUGGGAUUUCUAAAAGAAAUAAUUCUGUUACGGGGAAUCUAGUUGAUGAUUCUGGUGAUUUGGGAUUGAAUAAUGGAGUAAUGAGUGAAUUUCUAUAA